GGUUUAUUUUAUACUCAAAAUGUAGGACUCAGUUGUGUUUUUAGAUAACGACUUCGUAUUAUUAGAUUGCCCGAUUAGGAAUGAAAUAAUUAACAAAGAACGAAAAAAUACCGUUUUCGUUCCCAUACAAAAAAUACCGGUUCCGAUCCCUGGUAUGACCUAUUCACCCCGUAAAUGAUUGCAGGUGACUAAAUAAAAUGAAGGCUAGCCCUUAACAUUUUAUACAUUGCAGUAGCUAUUAUUAGUCGAAAGUUCGCAGUAUCCCCGCGGCGCUUCAACCGACAACACAACAGACAAUGUUAUGUGUUUGAGUGAUUCUGAUUUAUUUUAAACUAUAAAUACACUACUUAAGUAUGCAGGUCAUCACCUCGCUCAUCGCAAUACUCGCCGUCAGCUCGGCCGUCUACGUCCCUCGCAUCAUCACGGCUCCUACCACGAAGGUUGACUACCACUGCUCAACGCUGAUGCUUGGACGCAAAACAGAAGAUCAGAUUCAGUUGCCACAAAAAACUGUUGGGUCACAUGAUUACCUGUAUGUGACUGAUGGCUGCUACAAACAACAAAAGAAGUGGGUAGGCGAGAAGGUGACCGCCUGCGACUCCGUGGGUUCCUGGCCGCCCACCAUCAUUCCUUUCGGCGCUGGCAGUUUCUCCCCGCUUUACAUCAACUGCGCUCAGGAAAACCCGCAUCCGUGCUACGAGUUGAUAAUUGUUCAUGUCACGUUGUAUUGUGAGGCGAGGAGCUUGAAUGGCUUGUAAAUUUUCCGUUUUUCCGAUUCGAUUAAGGAACUGUGCUAAGGUACGAGCUGCAAAAUAGCAUGGGAAUAAUUCAUAAAGUGGACAUGCACUUUUGCAGCUGGGGGUAUAUACAUCUAAUAAAAUAAUAAAAUGUGUAAUUGUAAUUGUUCAAUUAUAUACCCUAAGACAAGUCAAAUUAAGUAUAUGAUGUUAUUGAUGUUCCAUGACAAAAAAUCGAGAUUCUAACACAACGAUUAAGAUCUUUUUUUUUUAAAGUGACUAGAUGACUAAAUGUCAGUUAUAUGAAAAAUUUGCAUCUGCAUCUCCAGCACUUUUGAAGGAUACCUCUUUUGAGGGUUAGUUUAAAUUACACUUUCCUCGACCAAACGUUAUACCUAUAAAUCUGUUAGAAUUGUUGUUCAUAGAAUUAAAAUAAUAUGUAAUAUUUACAUAUUGUCAUACCUAUUUGACAGGUAAUUUUAUAUCAUCAAUAAAUUAUGAUUAUGAACUUUAUAUCCUGUAACAUAUUGUACUUAAAAAAAAAUCCAAAAUAAAAGUUCCAACAUGCGAUGCGUAAAAUAAUUUCACCGCUCAGUCUCACAAUAAAUAAGGCUCGAGGGCGCGUCAUAACGCGCCGUCACUAAGAUAUACGGUCGCUGUCCUAUUUUCCCCAGUCUCCCCUAUCGCAGCAAAUUGUCCAUCUAAUCGAACUGCGUAGUUCAUAAACGACUAUACGUGCUUCGCGAGAACAAAGUCCACGAAUAAGAUGGUCUCACUAAUCAUUUGUUUUUCUUUAAGCUGUAUCUUUUACUGAGGUGUGUGAGGUGUGAGGUG